CAGAAAAAUAUCAACUAUGGCUGACAGCUUAGAUGUUUUUGAAAAACGGCUUGAAACUUUGGAAAAUAGGGUUUUCGGGGGCUCCAAUAAGGAUGCACACUAUCCAAGGAUGAGUGACCCUUCCCAGUGUACGGAUGUGCUAGCAUCUGCCCAGGGCAGUCUCGGUAAAGCUGUGGCAGGCAAGAAGAAAAUCAACAAGAUAUAUGACAGAUUGCAAGACCUCCAGGAAUGUUUGGACCCUGGCAAGGCUGAUGAGAUGACCUUGUCUAAUGAUGCCAAGGCUGAAAUCAUUCUUGCAGAGGAGGAUCUAUUACUGCAGCAGGCUGCCAGACUGGAGACACUCCAACAACUACAGGGUGCCCUGGACAGUGAACAUAUACGAGGUGUAGGAGAGUUGAGCAGUCGUCUGCAGGAGUUGUCCCGUAUCCAAGUUGCACAACAAGAUGAGGCCGGCCAGCUCUCGGAGGAGACGCUACAGCUCCUUGCCACAUACAACAACAUUAUAAAUCUCCUUUCCAAGCAGUUUGUGAAGUGGGACGAAACUCUCACCAAAAUGGAGCAAGUAAAGUUUACAAAGAAACCACUCGAUUGAUUCCGGAUAUGAUAGGACAAGACUCUCUAAUAAAUAUUGCUGAUGUAUAUUGUCUUACAAUUUUGUUAUUUAUUUUGAAAACAUUUGGUACACACAUGUUGAACUACCGGGUAUGCUUUUCUGGAAAAAACGACUUGAACUCAACUGACUUGCAUGUAGUUGUGUAUCUGAGAUCUUAUUUCGAGUCAUAACUGAUAAUAAUUGUUACAAUAUUCAAAAAAUGAGAUAGAUAUUGUUAAUGUUGAAAAUAUAGUAAAAAAACGUUAUUUGUAUAUGCCAUAGGUUGAGUGAAAUUUUCAUUUUAAAGAGGAUAGGCAACCAUUUUUUUUUAAACUUUGUUGUUCAUAUCUUCUGGCAAAAAAGCAUUUGGACAGAAAUCUGUAAAUCCAAUGAGAUCAUUAAGUUUCCAUCAGCGUUACAAAUGUUUUCUUCCAGAAAAGAGAUCAUUUUCUGUCACAUUUUUAUAUAAUUGUUUACAAAAGAGCUCUUUUUUGAACGUUGGAUGAUGUUCAAAGCAUGGUAUUCUAAUUUCACAAUAACAUUUAUCCAUUGUCUGACGGUAUAAAACAUAAACAAACCGCUUUGAAAGUUGCACAAGUAACAAGGCCGCUGAACUAGUCUUCAUGAAGUGUGAAAAGCCAUGUGAAUAAGUUCUGAAAAGGUUAUGUUUCGUAAUAGCUUUUUGUCAACAGACAGAAAAACUGUUUAUGAAGUGUAUUUCUUGAUAUUAAAGUACAAAAUAUUGUUCUCACUGAAUAUCUAUAUGUGAAAAAAAGAACCACACAAUAAAUCAUUAUUUAUAUUUUUAGUAUAACUUAAUGAUUCCAUAUAUAUGGCAAUUAUAGAGAAAAUAACCUACGGUCGUGUUUGAAAACUAAACCAGUAUUUCCAAAAAUGGUAUGGAAUAUGACACAUCUGGUAUUUGAAUUUCUAACUUAUUUCUUCUUGCACUGGAAUAAACACUGGAAUAAACAUUAUGCUGCUAAGUAGCCAUAUUUGUAUACUGUAGCUUGAUCUGUGCUUUCAUUAUCCGCUGAGUGAGUUUGUAUUACUGUACAAUUACAUUGUCAUUUACAAGGAGGUGGUAUAUUAUGUGCAAUAAAGUCUUUAACAUCAUAUAA